AUGCUCACUCGUAAACAUAGAGAAGGUGAAAUUUACGAGGAAGAAGAUUAUGAAGGCGACGACGAUUAUGUUAACCAAAACUAUGAUGACGAUGCCGUCCUGUCAAGGAUUGCACGGAAAAGUCGGAGACCCGGCUUUUCUCAUGGAUAUGACGACGACAGUGUUCGUAGAGUACCCAGACGUGGACCGCUGAAACCUGUAGAGCCGACAGCGGAAUUCAAAAACCUACAAUCCGAAGCUACAUCUGCUUUCAUUGACGCAGAUUAUGAUCGAGCUCUUGAUUUGGUGAAACAGGCUAUCCAUCUGAACCCAGAGAUUUUCCAAGCUCAUGUUUUACUUUCCGAGAUUUUCUUAGCCCAGGGCCAGAAGAGAAAGGCAUUAUAUGCACUUUUUACCGGAGCUCAUACUCGAAGAAAGCCAGAAGUCUGGCUUGAGGUUGCUAACCUGAUUCUAGAAAGAGCUGAUAGCGAUCGGGCGGCUGCAUUAGAUGACGUUGUUUAUUGCUAUAGCCGUGUGAUUGAUAUUGACCCAAAGCGAUACGAUGUACGGUUUGAACGGGCGGCAAUAAAUGAAGAGCUUGGAUACAAAGGCAAAGCAAUUCAAGAAUAUGAAAAAAUUCUUGAAAGCCUUCCCCAUAACACGAACGCCUUGCGCCCCUUGGCAGCGCUAUAUAUUGAACUAGGGGAAAUAGGAAAGGCCAGAGCUCAUUAUGAGAGAUGUAUAUCAUACUAUAUAAACCUCAAUCCCGAUGAGGUGGAAGAUUUCACCUGGUCAGACGUGAACAUUUAUGUCGAGCUUUUUUCCUAUGAGCACGAUUACCUAGCUGGCAUAUCAUCUCUCAAUUCUCUGGCCCGGUGGCUUCUAGGCCGCAAAGGUGAUUCUGGUUGGGACAUGGUCGAUGAUGACCGCGAAUGGGAUGCAGAUGACUAUCCACGCAGGACCGCAACACCCUGGUUUGUUCCUGGCCAAUACCCUCUUGAGUCAUAUGGUAUCGGAUUACCGCUUGAGUUACGGAUAAAACUAGGCAUAUAUCGUUUGAAAUCUGGCUAUAAGGAUGAGGCACUGGUAUUUUCACCCACUACUCAAUCGAUAUUUGAGAUCAGGACAGUGGCUAACAGUAAUAUAGUUUCAUUUCCACUGGCUUGA